AUAUCUCUUUGUUCUACUAUUGUAUGGACUAGUGUCUAAUCCUCUUCUGCUUGAAAUCUGGGAUUUCAUCUCCUCUCUCCUCUGCUUGAAUUUCAAGGAAUAUUUCUCUAUUUCUGAAUUCCAAUUUCAAUUCAUGUAGGAUUUAGGUUUUUUUCAAUUUCCAGUUUCCAGGGAAAUGGAUUUCUUGAUAUUCUUCGACAUUCUUCUCUUCGUGUCAGCGUUUUCGGGCCGUGUUCUUGGAAAGGAGUGCACGAACACUCCGACCGAGCGUUCUUCUCACACUCUCCGCUACGAGCUCUUGUCGUCCGUGAAUGGUUUGCAGAAAGACGGGACGCUGAUUUCUUACGACCGUUCGAUCUUGAUCGAUGAAUUCUCCACGUUGUCACGUUCGAUUCCCCGGAAGGUCUUGAGAGAGGAAGCGGAUGAAUUCGAUAGGCAGAUGCUUGAUUGGAGCACGGAGAAUCCGGACGGGUUGGUGACAGGACGAGGCAAGGAAAAUUUCCUUAAGGGAGUUUCGCUUCAUGAUGUGCGGUUGGAUUCGGAUUCAAUGCAUGGCCAGGCCCAGCAGACGAAUUUGGAGUACUUGCUUAUGUUGGAUGUGGAUAGCCUGGUUUGGAGCUUUAGAAAGACCGCGGGCCUUCAGGCGAUCGGGACGCCGUAUGGAGGGUGGGAGAAACCCACGGGUGAGCUCAGGGGCCAUUUUGUAGGACAUUACAUGAGUGCAUCAGCUCAAAUGUGGGCCAGUACUCAUAAUGGUACUCUUUGUGAUAAAAUGUCUGCAUUGGUUUCUGCACUUGAUGCCUGUCAGAAAAAGAUGGGCACUGGGUAUCUUUCAGCUUUCCCUUCUGAGCUAUUUGAUCGUUUUGAAGCUAUUGAACCUGUUUGGGCACCGUAUUACACUAUUCACAAGAUCAUGGCAGGCCUUUUGGAACAAUAUUUGUUGGCUGGGAACGAUAAAGCUUUAGAAAUGGUGGUCUGGAUGGCUGACUAUUUCAGCAACCGCGUGCAAAAUGUCAUAUCAAAAUAUAGUCUGGAAAGGCACUGGUUAUCACUUAAUGAAGAGACAGGUGGCAUGAAUGAUGUUCUUUAUAAGCUGUAUAGCAUUACGGGUGAUCAGAAGCAUUUGGUUCUGGCCCACCUUUUUGACAAGCCAUGCUUUCUAGGUUUGCUUGCUGUACAGGCUGAUAGCCUUUCUGGUUUCCAUGCGAAUACACAUAUCCCUGUUGUUAUUGGAGCACAGAUGAGAUAUGAGGUUACUGGUGAUCCACUCUAUAAGGCGAUAGGAACAUUCUUUAUGGAUAUUGUCAAUUCUUCUCACAGCUAUGCAACGGGUGGAACAUCUGUCAGUGAAUUCUGGUCUGAUCCAAAACGCUUAGCAGACACUCUGCGGACGGAGAAUCAAGAAUCCUGCACUACUUACAACAUGCUCAAAGUUGCACGACAUUUAUUCAGAUGGACAAAGGACAUUGCAUAUGCAGAUUAUUAUGAGCGAGCCCUGACAAAUGGUGUCUUAGGAAUCCAAAGAGGAACAGAGCCUGGAGUAAUGAUUUAUAUGCUUCCUCAGGGACGUGGAAAAUCUAAGGCACAUAGCUAUCAUGGUUGGGGGACAAAGUUCAAUUCAUUUUGGUGUUGUUAUGGGACAGGAAUCGAAUCAUUUUCAAAGCUAGGUGAUUCUAUAUACUUUGAGGAGCGGGGUGAUAUUCCAGGUCUUUACAUCAUCCAGUUUGUCUCAAGCUCAGUUAAUUGGAAGUAUGGGCGGAUUACCCUAAAUCAGAAAGUGAAGCCUGUCACUUCGUCAGAUCCUAAUCUUCGAGUGUCAUUUUCAUUUUCUGUAGAGGAGGGUGUGAGUCAACUAUCAACCUUAUACAUACGGAUACCUUCCUGGACGUAUUCGAAUGGUGCAAAAGCCACACUAAAUGACAAAAGCAUGACUCUACCAUUUCCAGGUAAUUUCUUUUCAAUCACGAAGAAGUGGGAUCGGAGUGACAGAGUGAGCCUUCAGUUGCCGAUAGCUCUUAGGACUGAAGCCAUAAAAGAUGACCGACUGGAGUAUGCUUCUAUUCAGGCAAUUCUUUUUGGUCCGUACCUUCUUGCUGGUCUAAGUAAUGGCGACUGGGACAUAAAACAAGGGACAGGUAGAUCUCUCUCAGACUGGAUCACGGCUGUCCCAGCCUGUCACAGUUCUCAGCUGAUUUCUCUCACUCAAGAAUCUGGCAACACGACUCUAGUCUUCACCAAUUUGAUGUCUUCCAUUACAAUGGAGAAACUGCCUGAAUCCGGCACAGAUGCUGCCAUCCACGCCACCUUCAGGCUCAUCUCUAAAGACCCGAGCACCUCCCAGUUCUUGUCAGGCACGGGUGUCAUUGGAAAAUCUGUCAUGCUAGAACCGUUUGACCUUCCAGGAAUGGUGGUGGCGCCAAAUGGUCCAAAUAACAGCCUUGCUGUUACUCCCUCCGGAAGCGGGUCAGACUCCGGCAGUGGUGAAGUGUUGCCUGUAUUCCGGGUGGUUGCCGGAUUGGAUAGGAAGGCAAACACGAUUUCUUUGGAAUCAGAAACCCAACGUGGGUGCUUUGUGUGUGGUGGAGGGAGUGUACAGCUGAGUUGCUGGCCUGGGGAGGAGUAUUCGGACUUGGAAUUCCGUCGGGCUGCGAGCUUUACAUUGAGCAACGGGAUGAGCAGAUACCAUCCUCUCAGUUUCGUGACGAAGGGAGCAACACGGAAUUUCUUGCUGAUGCCAUUGCUGAGCUUGAGAGAUGAAUCUUAUACUGUGUAUUUUAAUGUGGGAGAUUGAAUGUUGGUAAGGGUGGUCCAUGCCAUGCAGGGGAUUUGGUUACCUACAGUUUCUUUUCUUUGAAAUGAUUGGUUGCUUGCUGAUAGUGAAGGCUUUGGCUCAGAAGGUGAGAUUAUAUGUAGCAACUUUCCCUAGCAAAGAAGUUGUUUCACCUUUCAGGUUUGCUUUUGUCUAAUGGGACCCGUAACUUGUUAGAACGUGUGGGCCACCUUCUUAUGACCGUCUUGUCAUGAUCCAGUGAUGAUCGUUCCAUCAUUCAUGGGUAAUCGCGUAAGCUAUACCAUAUAUCAUUUCCAAGGGUGGGUAUGAUGGGUCAAAAUUUAGGUUGUCUGUGGCAACUUUCCUUGUAAAGGUGUUUGGAUGUCUGUAAAUACUAACACCUAUGAUCUGUUACAUUUUGUCAUGUUUGGCUUUUUAAGUCGUAAUACUGUUUACAGGUGUACAUAAUUUUAUUCA